CUCUCUCUCACACAAAGAAGGCAUACAAACCAGCCAUCUCUCUCUAUAAAAGAAGAUGGUGGCUUCCAAUUUUCUCUUGCCCAUUCUGGCACUAUGCCUCACCAUGCGUCUCCAGGGCACCAUAAGCGCCGACCCACUGUCUCACAUCUGUUCACCCACCUCAACAAACUACACAACUCACCCCCCACUUGACCAUGCCUUAAGCUCCCUCCUCAGAACCCUAUCAGCCAAAACUGCCAUCACUGGCUUUGCCACUGCGUCCUCCCCUGACCGCAAAUACCAUGGCCUCGGUCUCUGUCGUGCAGACGUGACACGCUAUGAUUGUAAAGUGUGCAUGGAAGAUGCAACCGCUGAAAUUCGUCACCUCUGUCCGAACAAAGAAGAAGCAAUUGUUUGGUUCGAUUACUGUCUCGUACAUUAUUCGAACAAAAGUUUCUUCGGUAAAAUUGAUGAGAAGAAUAAGAUAUAUAUGUGGAACACUCUCAAUGUUUCUGCGCCCCAUCUGUUUAACCGUUAUCUUGGAGAGCUCAUGUAUCAGUUUUCUUCUCAAGCUUCUCUCUCUCUUUCUUUUUUCGCAACCGGAGAAAUCCAAUUGAGUGAAGUAGGCGACAAGACGACGAUAUAUGGAUUGGCUCAGUGCAGUUAUGAUCUCAGCAGUGGGGAUUGCAAGGCCUGUUUGGAUGAAGUGAUUGGGGAACUGCCCACUCGUUGUAGUGGGAAACAGGGAGGAAGGGUUUUAACAGGGAGUUGUAACAUUAGGUACGAGGUGUACCCAUUUUACCGAACCUAGGAUCCUGCUUCUUUUUUUCUCAUUCUCCCUCUUCCCUUCUAUUUGGGCGAAGAAGACGACGCCAGUGCAUUAAGUCUACAUUUUUUGGAUGAAUGUUUGCUUGUUUAUUCGGUUCUAAUGCUCAUUAUGUUUAUUUAUUAGUUUUUGGUCAAACGUUGAUUUGGUUAGUUCAUGUGUUUUUUCGAUUAAAUAUUGAAAGUUUACAAUAGCCGACUCUUCUAUAUUAUUAAAGAGUAACCAUCCUAUGAGCCCCUCACACACGUGGGCUGCAUAGGACUC